CAUCAAUCUCGGCGCUGUUUCCAAGCAGAUGUGAUGGAUGCAGCUUCUCCUUAAUUCUCCAUAACUCCGUGCACUACUUUCAGGCUCUAAGUAGCUGCAGCUCUUCCUGAGGCAUGCAGUUAUUGCCACUAAUUUUCACAGGAGUUAAAGCUUCUAUCGGGGCUUUGAAUUCAGUCACCCAGAAGCCAGGUGCAGCAUUACCUUCAAUACACUAUUUUAACUAUGGAGUAAUCGUUUCUCAACAUGCACGCACCAUAGCAACUUGUAUCAAUGAAAACGUGUAAAUGAAAGAGCUCCCUCAAGUGGUAGCAAACACUGUUACGUGUUACACUUUUAAAAAAGAGUCGGUGUUUUUUUAAUCCUUUUUUAACAAACUACGGAACGCCAGUGAAGUUAGACCUAUAUCAUAAAGGCAGUUUGAACGGCCUGGCUUUGCAUCAGCAGAAACAAUGGUGCUGAUGUAAGGUUGGGGUCAAAGCUCAGCCACGCAAAGCAGCAGUAAAAAAAAAAUCCAAUCACCCGUCAUUUAAGAAACCAUACAGCACUUCAGCCUGAUCUGAUAAUGCACGGCUGGAUUUUGGCAAGGAAACCUCAGUCUAGCUCCAGCACACAUCACAUUGCCGAGGGUGCCUGAAGUGUGUUUCAAUCACAAAGACUGCUUCUGAAGCCUCCAGUUCAAGUUUGCACAGCUCCUGCUACCAUCACGUCGAGAUUUUGUGCGUAAUCACCUUUGCUCCUAUUUACUUUGAGAGUUUUCAGAAUAUUUGGUGGUAGAGAUUCAGGUUAGCAAACUUCUGAAAAAAGGCAGGAGCAGCAGGGGCCCAGUGAGCAAUGCCUCAUGUGCUUACUUUCCAAGCAGUGAAGUUGCCGCUUUUGCUGGCAUUUGGAACAGUCGAAGAAACAACUGCGGUUCCCUCAGCAGAGGGCAGUGGUCUCCUUACUCAAACAUCACGCGACUUUGUGCUACUGGGCACAAAAUCUUUUCCAAGAGGCAAAUAUUUUUUCCUUUCCCCGUCUCUUUGAAUGGGUCUGGCCAGCUUAGCAAGCUUCUUGUUUGUUUGUUUCAAUUGAGGAGGUUGUUUCUUCGGUGUAUUUAAAAAGAAGCUCCUUCUAAUCUGGCUAAACACUGAAACAUGAAAGGUAUUGAAUCCACGCAGGUGUCUGCUUCCUGUUCCUACAAGCAGCAACUGUGUACGUUCCUUGUGACUCCGUAGCCAUGUUACGAGGCUGGGACACUUCCCUGGGGGGGCAAGACACAGGAGGUGGAAGAGCAGACCCUUCUUGCCUAUUUAAUGACUGCUUACCACGUUGGUCCCUCGUCCCAUGUUGCAGCUGUGGUGGUCCUCUCGGCAGUUUGCACCAGAAAUCUCUUCCCUUCAAUACUUCAUAAUAAUUAGCAUCCUUUCUCUUUUCUCCUAGGUAAAUGGAAAUCCUCAGCUCUCCUCGUGGCUGCUAAGAUGCCUAAAUGGAUGAAAGAGCUGAAGUCAGUAUUUCCUACUGUUUUUUUUGCUUCACAUUUAUGUGUAACAACAUCAACACACAGACUGCUGAUGAACAUGGAAGUGAAUUAGUGCUUAUUUACUGAGUGGUCUGGAGGGAUUCCCAGGACAGUCAUUAGCAGAACCCCUUCAUUCUGGCUCGGAGGAGGCUGCCUGGUGUCUGUGCUGACCGCGGCCAGGUGUUGCAGGUACACCGAGCAGCAAUGCCCGUGCCACCUAGUGGACAUUGCACGUUGCCUUUUGCACACAUCCCAGAGGCCCUGCACCGCCCCUAUGGUUGCGAGGUUGAGCCCCAGGCGCUGAACGAAGCCAUCAGGUGGAGCUCCAAGGAGAACCUGCUGGGAGCCACCGAGAGCGAUCCCAACCUCUUUGUUGCACUUUACGAUUUUGUAGCAAGCGGUGACAACACGCUCAGUAUCACCAAAGGUGAGAAGUUGCGAGUGCUGGGUUACAACCAGAAUGGUGAAUGGAGUGAGGUACGUUCGAAGAAUGGGCAGGGCUGGGUGCCGAGCAACUACAUCACACCAGUGAACAGCCUGGAGAAGCACUCGUGGUAUCACGGGCCGGUGUCACGCAGUGCAGCAGAGUAUCUGCUGAGCAGCCUCAUCAAUGGCAGCUUCCUGGUUCGGGAGAGCGAGAGCAGCCCAGGGCAGCUGUCCAUCUCGCUCAGGUACGAGGGACGUGUUUACCACUACAGGAUCAACACCACCUCAGAUGGAAAGGUGUACGUGACAGCAGAAAGCCGUUUCAGCACGCUGGCAGAGCUCGUGCACCAUCACUCCACAGUAGCAGAUGGGCUGGUGACGACUCUGCAUUACCCGGCACCCAAGUGCAAUAAGCCCACUGUGUACGGAGUGUCCCCCAUCCACGACAAGUGGGAGAUGGAGCGGACUGACAUCACCAUGAAGCACAAACUCGGGGGAGGGCAGUACGGAGAGGUGUAUGUUGGUGUCUGGAAGAAAUACAACCUCACGGUUGCUGUGAAAACGUUAAAGGAAGAUACCAUGGAGGUGGAAGAGUUCCUGAAAGAAGCUGCUGUGAUGAAGGAAAUCAAGCACCCCAAUCUCGUGCAGUUAUUAGGUGUGUGUACCCUGGAGCCCCCCUUUUACAUUGUGACAGAGUACAUGCCGUACGGGAACCUGCUAGACUAUUUACGGGAGUGCAACCGGGAGGAAGUGAGCGCUGUUGUGCUGCUCUAUAUGGCCACCCAGAUAUCCUCUGCUAUGGAGUACCUGGAGAAGAAGAACUUCAUUCACAGGGACCUGGCAGCACGGAACUGCUUAGUUGGAGAAAACCACGUGGUGAAGGUGGCUGACUUUGGCUUAAGUCGGCUUAUGACUGGAGAUACGUACACAGCUCAUGCUGGAGCCAAGUUCCCCAUCAAGUGGACUGCUCCCGAGAGCCUGGCCUACAACACUUUUUCCAUCAAGUCAGAUGUGUGGGCCUUCGGGGUGCUGUUGUGGGAAAUUGCUACCUAUGGGAUGUCACCAUACCCAGGCAUUGACCUCUCUCAGGUGUAUGAUCUGCUGGAAAAGGGCUAUCGGAUGGAACAGCCAGAGGGAUGCCCUCCAAAGGUUUAUGAACUGAUGAGGGCCUGUUGGAAGUGGAACCCACCAGACCGACCUUCCUUUGCUGAGACCCACCAGGCUUUUGAAACCAUGUUCCACGACUCGAGCAUCUCAGAGGAGGUAGCAGAGGAACUGGGAAGAACAGCCUCCUCCUCAUCCAUUGUUCCUUACCUGCCCCGCUUGCCCAUGCUUCCCUCCAAGACAAGGACACUGAAGAAACAGGCAGAGAACAAGGAGAACAUUGAAGGAACACAAGACACCCUGGAGCAUUCGGCAUCCAGCUCCGCACCAGGUUUUAUCAGAAGCACACAGCCAAGUGGGUCUCCCGCGCUGCCUCACAAGCAGAGGGACAAGUCACCCAGCAGCCUGCUGGAGGAUGCCAAAGAGACCACUUUCACCAGGGACAGGAAAGGCGGCUUCUUCAGCUCCUUUAUGAAGAAGAGGAAUGCUCCCACACCUCCCAAGCGCAGUAGCUCCUUCCGGGAGAUGGAGAAUCAGCCCCACAAGAAGUACGAGUUAACGGGUAACUUCUCAUCUGUUGCUUCCUUGCAGCACGUGGACGGGUUCGCUUUUGCUCCCACGCAGCAGGACGCAAGCCUGGCACCACCCAAGUGCUACGGUGGGGGCUUUGUGCAGAGGACCUUCUACAGUGAUGAUGGCACUGGUACCAGCAGCGGUGGGGGUGUGAGCACUGGUGGUGGGUGGUCUGGCAUCACAGGUUUCUUUACACCGCGCUUGAUUAAAAAGACGCUGGGUCUACGACCAGGAAAGCCCGCUGGUAAUGAAGAAGCAUCAAAGCCUUUCCCAAGGUCGAACUCUACAUCUUCCAUGUCCUCAGGGCUUCCGGAGCAGGAUAGGAUGGCAAUGACCCUUCCCAGAAAUUCCCAGAGGUCAAAAAUCCAGCUGGAACGGACGGUGUCCACCUCCUCUCAGCCUGAUGAGAGCACGGGGAGGGCAAAUGACCUGCUGCCCAAAAGGUUUGAAGAAGGCCCUGCUUUGACCAGAGAAAGACCAAAAGCAAAACUCUUGCCAAGGGGUGCCACAGCUCUCCCUUUCCGAACCCCCUCCAGUUCAGAGGAAAAGGAGAUGCCAGGGCUAGCAGCAGCUCCUAAAAGCAAAGAAAAAAACAGCGGCCCACGGCAAGGGGCCCUCGAGGAUGGCGAGAGACCGGGGUGGUCCUCUCCAGUAAAGGCUGCAGCAAUACUUCCAACCACUCAUAACCACAAAGUGCCAGUCCUAAUCUCACCCACUCUAAAACACACUCCAGCAGAUGUGCAGCUCAUUGGCACAGACUCUCAGGGUAAUAAAUUUAAGCUCUUAUCUGAGCAUCAGGUCACUUCUUCCGGCGACAGGGACCGGCCCAGACGGGUAAAACCAAAGUGUGCUCCACCUCCACCACCAGUGAUGAGGCUCCUGCAGCAGCCAGCCGCCUGCUCAGAUGCAGCAGAAGAGCUAAGCAACGCGGCGGGAGCGCAGCACGGAGUGGAGUCAAGCGAAGGGAGUAAGAAGGCAGCAGCAGCAGCACCGGUCGGUGGGAAAUCUGGGAGGCCCGUGAUGCCUCCACCUCAAGUGCCUCUGUCGUCGUCUUCCACCUCCCCAGUGAAAAUGGCCAACGGCACAGCUGGCGCGAAGGUAGCGCUAAGAAAGACCAAACAGGCAGCCGAGAAAAUCCCAGCAGACAAAAUCAGCAAGGAAGCGUUGCUGGAGUGCGCCGACCUUCUCUCGAGUGCCAUCGCUGAGCCCACACCAAACAGCCAGCUGGUGGACACGGGGCAUCAGCUGUUGGAUUACUGCUCAGGCUACGUGGACUGCAUUCCGCAUACACGCAACAAAUUUGCCUUCCGGGAAGCCGUGAGCAAACUGGAACUCAGCCUGCAGGAACUGCAGGUAUCCUCAACAGCUGCUAGCAUCCCUGGGGCAAACCCCGUCCUUAAUAACUUAUUGUCGUGCGUCCAAGAAAUCAGCGACGUGGUGCAAAGGUAGCUACUGUCAAUCUGGGUAAGAGUAAUACGCGUGGGUGGGGGGGACUCUUUUCUGUACUGAUGCUUUCGAAAGGAAAGACGGAUACUUGAGUAUGUGAAGUACCUCAGAUCACUGAGUUCUCACGUUUACAAGUUCAUCUCAGAAAAUGGGGAUGGAGAGGGUAGAUGAAAGCUGUAAGGGGCAGAACAUCAAGUAUUUGUCCCUGCCUUGUCAGUCUGGUCUGCUUGGUGUGGCAAGGCGAGGAAGAUCCUUACUCCUCCCUUUGAGAGGCAGGAGAAUCGAUGGCAGGUUCUCGCUCUGGGGAGGACGCUCUGGCAGCCGGAGUACUGGAGUGGCUGCCGGCCCCUUGGCUGGACGGACGCGCCCCAUCAGCGCUAACACGCGCUUCUGGGCUCCUGACGAGGCGAGGACCAGCGAGCCCCAGGGCUCUGCUGGUAGCAGCUGCCGAGCAGUCCUGGCCGGGCAGCUCUGAAGGGGCAGGCUGCGUGCAGCUGGGGGCAGGUCUAAUGCACUGACAGUAUUCAGAGCUGCUGGAGGUGGAUGCACUAGCCCCAGUGGCUUACUUCCACAGUGCUGUUGCUGCUGUAAUGAGAACUGCAAAAUUAGUUAAUAUAUGAAAUUAUCCCUUUUCCCUCCUGUCCGCCUCAUCCUCCACACGUUCUCGUUUUCAUUGUAGCUGAGGCAUCAGGAAUGCUGGGCAGACUUACCACUGGAAUUACCCCCUUCCCACCACACCGCCUUCACUCAGUCAAUUCCUAUUCCUAGUGGUCUAGCAUGGGAGCUGCUUGAUGGUCAUUGGUUGUGAGUAGUUUGGGGCUCUUGCACAACUUGCCAGAGUUAUUGGGAUGGGGUGGGGUGUUUUCUUUUUAAGCUCUAGAUUGUUCUUAACUCGUUACCAGGUUGACUCCCCAGUUCAGUUUCAGCACCUUGAGGCCUGUGGGGGGGGGGGGCAAGGCAGAACCUCUGCCAGCAGCAGCCCCCAGCUGCUCUCUGCUUCCCUUCAGCAGGCAGUGCUGGAGCCGGGAGAGCAGCAUGCUCUGCCUGCAGGUCUCCCCACACCGCUCCCUCCUCCUGACACACGCAGCACAGCCACAUCACAGCGCUUGCUGGGAUUUGUUGCUCUUGCUUACCAGUCUUGCAGGCUUCCGCUGUCUAGGGGCACGAAGGUGACUAGGAUGUCAGCUCAUGCGAGUCACAGCCAUCUUUUUUUAAUUUAUGUAUUUUGACAACUGGACCAGAAUAUCCCGCUACGUAAAGUGCAUUCUGCUUGAGAUGUGACAGAAGCGUUAGGGCUUUGCCUCCGAGAGCUCCCACUGCCUUGUGCUCUCUGCUGGUCUGCUGACAAUCCCAGAAGGCAGGCAGCCAUGUGGCUGCUCUCCCUCCGUCCUGGUGCUGUGUGAUGACUGUUGUGGCCUCAGAAAGCUGCUUCUGUGCACGUGCACAGCUCCCCGAGAGGUAAAGGACCGGCAAGUAUAGAGACCUCAACUACUUGUUGGUUUGAGAGAGGAAGCAAACAGGCCUGAUACCUGACUCCAGAUACCCGUUACCUUGCAUGCUGCUGCUCACUUCACACUGUUUGUGAUGAUAGAGGAUCUGGCUUGCUUUGCACCUUAAAUCUAUUUUAUUUUUUUUUUGCUAAAAUGCUUUUUUUAACUUGUUUUUAAAGUGUGACUGUGCUGCUUUUAGGUUGAGCAUUUAGAGUUGAGCUGGGGCACAGGUGUGAAUUCAGAUGGUUGGCACUCAGGCAAUCCUUGUCUGCCUACAAGCAUUGCCCUGCUGGUGCUCAGCAGCAGGCUGGGCCUCUUGGCACACACCACCGUUGUUUCCAUGGAGCAUGGUGAGAUGUGGCCUGAACCAUCCUUAGAAACGUGCCGGUGUCUGAGAAUCCUCAUGUUAUUGCUGGUCUGUGGUAAAUAAAGUUGUGUGUCACGCUGCAUGAAUGCACACCAGUGGAGCAGAAUGUGAGGUGAAACGGACCACGUGAGCUUCACUGUCCAAGUGAGUGAAAUAAUGAAAAAAACCUAAUCCUUCCACCCCAAUCAAUAGGCAUUAAGGUGAACUAACUGUUCCUACAAGUCGGCGAGCUGAUCCCUUAGUGGGUUAGUCGUCCCUACCUAGUGGCACCAAGCCCGCCUGGAAGAGCCUGCUGUCUCAUUCUGCAGUGAGAUUUCCAGCUUGUCCAGGAUCUCCUCUGGGUCUUGUGCUCCAGGCACGGGUCAGUUAGAGGCUGAGUGGGCUUCUUCCACCCUAGCACUCAGCAGUGAGGCAGAGCACCAAACAGUUAUCUCGUAGACUUUACCGGGGGCUUUUGUGGUUUACCUUAUCUGCUUCAGUCAUCUUUAUUGAACAUGUGCAUCACUGCACACCAAACUAGCUGCCUUUGGAAAGCUGACCUGCAAGGGGAAAAAGUCUUAGGGCGUUGCUUGAUGUUGCCUUCUAUACAAUCAGGAGGAGUGGAAGGGUAUGAGAGCUUUCUUGGUGUCAGAAGGGCUGGUCCUGUUUGCCCUGCAGACAAUCGUGUGGUUUCAUCACUGUACUGCUUCUCAGCCCAGUACAAGCCGACUGGAACUGAAGUGGUUAUUCUCAGGGGAAAGGUAUUUUAACCAGAAAAUUUUAAAAGUGUUAUUCCAGUUCUGCUGAGUAUUUUUAAAGAAUCUUUUUUUCUUUUUUAAUUUAUUUUUUUCCUGAAUGUAGGUCUUCCAGAAAAGCUCCUGCAAAAGCGAUAGAACAGCAAACAAUUCCUGGAAUUUCUAAUUACUAGAACAGACCCCUUACAACU